CGCGGGGUCCUCACGUGACCGGGAGCUGCAGAGCGACGCAGCCUUCGGUGCAGUCGUCACUCGUGUCUGGGUACCAGCUCCCCGCUGCCCUGCGAACGGCGGGCUGGCAUCGGGCCCUGGGGAAGCGGAGCAGGUCUACCCAUAGGGCGACAGUAGGGCUGUUUACCACUGAAAGCAAGGGAAAUUGGGAGACUGGCCUGGGACCGUGGAGGUUGGUCUACAGGUCUGAAAGGCUUGAGAUCACCGGAAGCAAAGAAACAAGGAGGAAAUUAUCCCUGAUAGGUAUAGACUGGUCCACAGAUCUCAUGAGUUUAUAGAUCUACUUUACGGUAUAUCUCCAAUCAAGAGAAGGAAAGAGGAGGGAACUGCCUUGAUCAUUACAGGUCCACCUCCAGUGGCAACUGUAGUGGCCUUUGAGUGGCUGAAGACCAACACCCUCACAGGCCUACGUGCAGACCUACUACCCACUUUUCCCAGCCUGAUUGAGCCCCUCUGUACCUUGUUCGUGUCUUCAGCAGGGGUGAUUACAUGGGUCGUGUUCAGGAAGUGGGCUGGGUGACCGCAGGACUGAUGAUCUGGGCUGGUGCUUGCUACUGCAUUUACAGAUUAACCAAGGGAAGAGCCCAGAGUGUGAGGAGACUUGCCAGAAAUGGGUCCAGAGUCAAGAUGGAGACUGUGGUUGGGAUACAGAACCAGACCUUGGCGAUGUGUGAAGCCAUGGUUGGGACAGAGAUUGAGACUAGACCCAAGCCCAAGACUGGAGCAGAAACUGGAGCAGGAGGUGGGGCUGGGGCGGAAGUAGAGACUAAGACCACUGCUACAGCCAGAAUCAAAACCAACUCUCAAGCCAAGGCAAUGGCUGAGGCAGAGACAGAGACCCAAUCUGAGGCCAAAACAGUGGCUGGAACAGUGGUCAUAACAGAGGCUGUGAUUCUGACUGAGGCCAAAGCCAGUGAAGUGGCCAUGAAAGAAGCAGUGACCCAAACUAACUCUGAGUCUGGGAGACUAGUCAAGAAAGAGGCAGUGACCCAGACCAAGGCUAAAGCUUGGGCACUUGGUGCUAGGGCAGAGACCAAGAAAGAAGCAAUGACCCAGACCAAAGCAGAAACUCGUAUAUUGGCUGAAAAAGAGACAGACAUGAACAGAGUGAUGGUGACACAGAAUGAGGCCUUGGCAGUAAUCAGGGAAGUGGCCAAGAUGGGUGCCAUAAGCAAGACUGGAAAUGUGGCUGAGACCAAGUUGAGAGCCCUGGAAGAGACUGUGAGUGUGGCCAAGACUCAGUCUGAGGCCAGGUCUGGUACCUCAGUUGAGGCUAAGGGAAAUCAUAACACCAAGUCCAAGGCAGAAGCUGGAGCAGACAUGAAGUCCUGUGCACUGUCUCAGGCUGUGGCCAAGAUCCAGGUUGACGACAUGCUUGGUACUGGGGUUGAGGCCAAGGGGAAUUGCAAAACCGCGUCUCAGGCUGGGUCUGUGGCAGAUAUGAGGGCUUCUGCUCAGCCUCAGAUUGUAGCCAAGGCCCAGACUGAGGCCGUGCCUGGGGCAAUGGUUGAUGCUGGGGUUAAUACCAAUGCCAUGUGUGAGGCAGGGGUGGGGGCAGGUACAAGUGCUUCUACACAAUCUCAGACUGUGACCAAGAAACAGGAUGAGACAGUGUCUGCUGCCAGGGUUGAUGAUAGGGGAAAUAACAAUGUCACAUCUAGGGCAAUGACUGGAGCUGACACGAGGGCUGCCGCUCAGCCUCAAGCUGUAGCCGGUGCUCAGACUGAGGCUAUGCCUGAUGCCAGGGGUAAGGGUAGAGGCAAUUCCAAUGCCGUAUCUAAGGUGGGGGUUGGGACAGACACUGAGUCCUAUACACAGCCUCAGCCUAAGGCCAAUGUCCAGGCUGAUGCCUUGCCUGAUGACAGGAUUAAGGCUCAGGGCAAUGCCAACACCAAGCCUAAAGAAGAGGCUGGGACAGACACAAAGGCACAGUCUCAGACUUCCACUAAGAGCCAGGUUGAGGCUCUACCUAGUACCAGAGGUAAAGCUAGGGGCAAAGCCAAAGGCAAGUGUAAGGCAGGGGUCGGAGCAGACAUGAAAACCUGUGCACAGCCUCAAGCUGGGGUCAAGGCCCAAGCUGAUGUUUUCCCUGAUUCCAGGAUUGAUGGCAGGGGUGAUCCUGAUACCAUUUCUGGGGCAGGGGCUAAGGCAGAACUGAGGGCCUGUGCUCAGCCUCAGGAAAUGGCCAGUUCCCAGGGCGAGGCCUUGCCUGGUGCCAAGAAGAAGGUCCAGGACAAUCCCAAUGCUGUGUCUAAGUCAGGGGCUGGGCCACAGGCAAAGAGCUCUGCACAGCCCCAGGCUAUGGCCAAUACCCAGGGGGAAGCCUUGCCUGGUGUCAAGAAUAAAGUCCGGGGCAAUCCCAAUGCUGUGUCUAAGGCAGGUACUGGGCCAGAUACAAAGGGCUCUGCCCAGCCUGAAACAGAUACAACAAGCCCUGCUCAGCCCCAGGCUGUGGCCAAUUCUCAGGGUGAGGCCUUGUGUGGUACUAAGAAUAAGGUCCGGGGCAAUCCCAAUGCUGUGUGUAAAGCAGGGACUGGACCAGAUACAAAGAACUCUGCCCAGCCCCAAGCUGUGGCCAAUUCCCAAGGUGAGACUUUGCCUGGUGUCAAGAUUAAAGUCAGGGGCAAUCCCAAUGCUGUGUCUAAGGCGGGGGCUGGGCCAGAUACAAAGGGCUCUGCCCAGCCUCAAACAGAUACAACAGGCUCUGCUCAGCCCCAGGCUGCGGUCAGUUCUCAGGGUGAAGACUCACCUGGUACUAAGAAUAAGGUCCGGGGCAAUCCCAAUGCUGUGUCUAAAGCAGGGUCUGGGCCAGAUACAACGUGUUCUGCCCAGCCUCAAACAGAUACAACAAACACUGUCCAGCCCCAAGCGGUGGCCAAUUCUCAGGGUGAGGUCUUGCCUGCUGCCAAGAAUAAGGUCAGGGGUAAUCCCAAUGCUGUGUCUAAGGGAGGGUCUGGGCCAGAUACAAAGGGCUCUGCCCAGCCCCAGGCUGCAGCCAAUUCCCAAGGUGAGACCUUAUAUGGUACUAAGAAUAAGGUCCGGGGCAAUCCCAAUGCUGUGUCUAAGGGAGGGUCUAAGACAGAUACGAAGGGCUCUGCUCAGCCCCAGGCUGCAGCCACUUCCCUGGGUGAGGCCUUGUGUGGUACUAAGAAUAAGGUCCGGGGCAAUCCCAGUGCUGUGUCUAAGGCAGGGGCUGGGCCAGAUACAGCAGACUCUGCCCAGCCUCAGACAGAUACAACAGGCUCUACUCAGCCCCAGGCUGUGGCCAGUUCCCAGGGUGACGCCUUGCUUGGUGCCAGGAGUAAGGUCAAGGGCAAUCCCAAUGCUGUGUCUAAAGCAGGGACUGGACCAGGUACAACAGGCUCUGCCCCACCCCAGGCUGUGGCCAAUUCCCAGGGUGAGGGCUUGCUUGGUGCCAGGAGUAAGGUUAGGGGCAAUCGUGUUGCUGAGUCUAAGGUAGAGGCUGGAGCAGGUACGAUGGGCUCUGGCCAGCGUCAGUCUGUAGCCCAUUCCCAGAGUAAGACCUCGUCUGGGGCAAAGGACAAGGCUAUGCGUAAGUCUGAGGCAGAAGCCACAGGAGAUGUCUCUGUAAAGCCCAAGGCUAAGGCCACGCCCACUUCUGAGAGUGAGGGUGGGGCAGGCACUCAGGCCUGCAAAAAGUCUCAGCCUAAUGUCCAUGACUACUACUGGAAUGGGAUUGGUGUUGAGGACUGGAUUGCUUCUGAGCGAUGGAUCAAAUUUAGGUUUCAGGCUAGGGAUGGAUACUGGGAGAAUAGCAUGUCCUGGGCUGAUGAUGAGAAUGAAGCCAAUGUUGAAUCCUGGAGUGCGACUAGGGGUGAGAAUGAGGUUGGUAUUCAGUCCUGGGCUGGAGCUGGGGACCAGGCCAGUGGAGGGCUCUGGGCUGGGAGUCACGCCAGUGAACAGUCCUGGGCUGCGGGCCAGGCCAGUGGGGGUUACUGGGUAGAGGCUGGGGACAAGGCUGUUGGAGGGUCCUGGACUGUGGCUGAGAACCAGGCUAGUGGGGCUUCUUGGGCUGGCACUGGGAACCAGGCUGUUGUGGUGCCCUGGACUGGAGCUCAGGCCAGUGAGAGUUCCUGGGCUGGGGGCCAGGCCAGUGGGGUAUCCUGGACUGGGGGAGAGGCCAUUGGAGUGUCCUGGACUGUGGUUGAGAACCAGGCCAAUGGAGCAUCCUGGGCUGGGGCUGAGGCACAGGCCAGUGGAAGGUCCCAGGAUGGGGCUGGGAUUCAGGCUAAUGGAGGGUCCUGGGCUCAGGCUACGGCUGGGAAUGUGGUUAACAUUGGGUACUGGGCUGUGGCUGUGGACCAGGCUACUGGAGGGUCCUGGAUUCUGACUAGUGAUCUGUCUGGCGGUGCGUCCUGGGUUGGGACUAGUGAUUUGUCUGGUGGUGGAUCCAAGCCUAGACUUGAGGAUCAGACCAAUAAAAAUGUGUCCUGGGCUGGAGCUGGGCUGGGGCCUGAAAACCAGUCCAGGGGAAGGGCCUGGGCUGACACUGCGGACCAAGCCAGUGGAGGGUCUGGGCUAGGGCUUGUGGAUCAGUCCAGUGGUGGGUCCUGGGUUACGGCUGGAGAACAGCCCAAUAGAGGGUCUAGGCCAGGGUUUGCAGACCAGUCCAGUGUUGGGUCCUGGGCUGGCACUGGGAACCAGGCCAGUGAAGGAUUCUUGGUGGGGGUCGUGGAUCAGGCCAGUGGGGGUCCUUGGACUGGGACUGGUGAUCAGUCUGGUGGUGGGUCCAAGCCUGGAUUUAAGGAUCAGGUCAGUGAAGAAGGGUCUUUGGCUGGGGCUGGUAGCCAGGCUGGUGGAGGGACUAGGUCGGGGCCUGAGGACCAGUCCAGUGGAGGGUCUUGGGCUGACUCUGGGGACCAAGCCAGUGGAGGUUUCUUGGUUGGGGCUGUGGACCAGGCCAAUGAAGGGUCCUGGAUUGGACCUGGGCAUCAGGCUGGUGGUGAGGCAAAGCCUAGAUAUGAGGAUCAGGCCAAAUCUGGAAGAGUGUCUUGGGCUGACAGUGGGGGCCAGGCGAGUGGAGGGUCUACACUGGGGCCCAGGGACCAGUCCGUUGGAGAUUCCUGGGCUGGCAUUGGGGACCAGGCCAGUGGAGGAUCCAGGCCGGUGCUCAAGGAUCAGUCCACUGGAUGGUUCUAUGCUUGCAGUGGGAGUCAGGCCAAUACAGGAGGGUCCUGGGGUGGGGCUAGUGGCCAGGCCAUUGGAGGGCCCAUGAACCAGUCCAGUGGUGGGUCCUGGGCUGAUACUGGGAGUCAGGUCAGUGGAGGGUCUUGGGCUGGGGCUGGGGAUCAGGCUGGUAGCUGUUCCAAACCUGGAUUUGAGGAUCAGGCCAGUGGAGGAGCGUUCUGGUCUGGUGCUCAGGACCAGGCCAUUGGAGGGUCUAGUCCAGGGCUUGCAGACCAGCCCAGUGGUGGGUCCUGGGUUGGCACUGGGAGUCAGGCCAGUGGAAGGUCCUGGAUUGUGGCUGGGGAUCAAGCUGGUAGCUGUUCCAAAGCUGGGUUUGAGGAUCAGGCCAGUGGAGGAGGCUCCUGGGCUGGCACUGGGGAUCAGGCUUGUGGAAAAUCCUGGGCUGGGUCUAAGCCUGGGAAUGAGGCCAGUAGAGGGUCUAGCCUGGGGCCUGAAGAGCAGGCAAGUGGAGGGUCCUGGGCUAGGCCUGGAGACCAGACCAGUAGAAGGUCUCAGGUGAGUGCUGGGACAGAGGCCAGUGAAGGAUCCUGGUUUGGGGCUGGGAGUGAGGCUAGUACAGGGUCUUGGUUCUGGAGAGGAGAAGAAGCUGGUAUUGUGUCUAGUCCUGGAGAUAAAAAUGAGGCCAGUAUUGAAUCCAGCUCAGUGGUUAGGGAAGAGGCUGUCAUUAGUUCUAGAUUUGGGGCUGAGAACAAAAACGGUAUUGGGUCCUGGAUCAGAUCUGAUGAGGCUGCCUGUAUGGGUUCCUGUGUGGGGUCUGAGGCUGGGGCUGGGGUUGGGGCUGAGGUCAGGCAGGAGUCUUGGCUCUGGGAUGGAGAUGCAGCUACUACAGGGUCUAGGCUUGGGGUUGAGGAAGAGGCUGGCAUGGGGUCCUGGACUUUGGCUGGGGAUGUAGAUGAGGAUGAGCUAAGUAGUGCAUCCAGCCCUGAUAUUGAGGAGAUAAGUUUAAGGUCCUUGUUUUGGGCUGAGAGUGAGAACAAUAAUGCAUUCAGAUCUAAGCGUGAGAAGGAUGUCAAUUUUGAGCGUAGGGCUGGAGAUAAGGCCAGCACCAAAGACAAGCUUGAAGCUGCUGGUGGAGUCGAUGUAAAGUCUUGUUUCUGGGAUGGUAAUGAAAACAGAAGUGAGGAUAAAUCUGCACCUAAGACUAAAGCCAAAAAGUCAGCUGAAUCAAGAGUCACAUAUCCAUCCAUGGUCCCUGGGGCAGGAAUGGGGUCAUGGGCCGGAGCCAUGAUCUGGACAGAAAUGAAAUUUCCAUACCAAAAUGAGUCCUGCUUCCCACCUGAAGAUGAGCUCAGAAAGCAGAUCAGGUCUGGGGAGAAAACUCAGCCUUGGGCCUGCCGCUGUAGACGUGAAACUAAUAUGGAUCCACGAGAGCUUGAAAAACUCAUUUGCAUGAUUGAGAUGACUGAAGAUCCUUCUAUUCAUGAAAUAGCCAAUAAUGCUCUGUAUAACAGUCGUGAUUACCCAUUUUCCCAUGAAGUCAUUCGUAAUGCAGGUAGAAUCUCAAUUAUUGAAGGCUUGCUCAAUAAUCCCUACCCCAGUGUUAGGCAGAAGGCUUUAAAUGCACUGAAUAACAUCUCGGUGGCUGCUGAAAAUCAUAGGAAGGUUAAAACAUACUUAAACCAAGUAUGUGAAGACACCAUCACCUAUCCCUUGAAUUCAAAUGUGCAGCUGGCUGGAUUGAGAUUGAUAAAGCACCUGACUAUUAUUAGUGAAUAUCAGCAUAUGGUUACAAAUUACAUUUCAGAAUUUCUUCGUUUGUUAACUGUGGGAAGUGGAGAAACUAAAGACCAUAUUUUGGGAAUGCUUUUAAAUUUCUCUAAAAAUCCAUCUAUGACAAAAGACUUGCUCAUUGCCAAUGCACCGGCAUCACUGAUUAAUAUCUUUAGCAAGAAAGAGACAAAGGAAAAUAUUCUUAAUGCUCUUUCACUAUUUGAAAAUAUAAAUUACCAUUUUAAAAGAAGAGCAAAAGUAUUUACCCAGGACAAGUUCAGUAAAAAUUCCCUUUAUUUCAUAUUCCAACGACCUAAAGCAUGUGCCAAGAAACUUCGAGUCUUAGCAGCAGAAUACAAUGACCCUGAGGUGAAAGAAAGAGUUGAGCUAUUAUUAAGUAAACUCUGAUUAGUUGUAAUUUUCCAAACAAAUUUGAGUAAUAUUUUGGUUUUGCAGCCUGGAAGUAAUGCACAUUGUAAAUUGCAUUAUAAUUUCUAAAGUGAUGUUGCUUAUGAUGGUCGUUAGCUGGACCAUUUUAUGAACACCAAAUGAAUUCAAUCUUGUACUGAAAAUACAUGUGUUGAUUUUUACCUUGUCUGGAUUGAGAUAUUUUUGGUAUGCUUCAUGAGCAGAAACUGAACUGAUUCUUCAUAAGUAAGGUAAUCUUUGGUCCUUUGUGUGGACUUAUGUUUAUACAUUUGAGACUUUAUUUUUAUGUCAUCAAUAAAGUUGUGUGUUUUAAGCAGA